UUCAGGGUCGUGUUACGCGACGCAUGGUCUCAGGAUGGUUUUGACGAAAAAUUCUUCCUAGAUUAUCGACGCGACAAAAAACACAUACGACACCCUCACCUGCUCAUGAUGCAGUACCAUCUGGCAAUUCAACAACCUUUGAUGACGCGUAUGAGGGAGAGCUUAGUUCCAGAACAUCAAUCGAAUUGAAUCUUGAAGACAACGAGUGCAGCCGCCAUCAGGAGCAGCAGUCAUCUCAAGACCACAUGCAUGCAAACCCAUCUUCUCCGGGAAACGGCCAACCUCAGUCGGCUUUAUCCGAUGUAACGACUGAUAUUCUCUCUAGCGUCUUAUUUACUACACCUCAAACAAGAAAAGUGCAAAAUAGUCAAGUACUGGAAGCUGUAAAAGCUCCGCGGAGACCAAGACCGACUGAACAACAUGGAGAUACAUAUAGUUAUACUGAGCAUCCAUCUCCUAGUCUGAGAGCAUAUAAUAGAAAAAUUAUAGGCGAAGACCGAGACUUGGAUUUACAGCAGACACAAAUCAUAGCAUUCGCACUUAAUCAGCCGAAGUCGCAGCCAUUUGAAACAUUGCUAGCGACGGCAUCGAUACAGCCAGCAUAUGAAGAUUUGCCUAAUACAUCCGAAAAAAUGCAAGAAGUAGAUGGCAAAAACUAUGAUGUACAGGACAACGAAGAUGGCAGCCAAAAUGAAUAUGCAACGACGUUAUCUGCUUACGAUACAUGCGAACGAUCAGCUCUUCAGAACAAAUUUUCGCUUAACAACAAUCAGACGUCGCCAAUUCAUGACCAUACGGCAACGUAUAUGGCAGAGGAUGACAGAGUCGAUGAAAAUAGUAUUCCUUGCAAUAGUACUCAUCAAGAUGUAUCGCCACAAUGUGAAUUUGCAUAUGUCGAUGUCGUUCGCAACAAGUACGAAAGAACAAAAAUGCACGGUACAGCAUGUGCGUGUUGUUCAGAGUAUUAUCGCGCAGUAGGAACGCUACCUGAUGUUGAAGAACCAAACAAAUUGCGGCAUGCCUCUGAACGUAUCAAGCAAAACUCUCGCCAUCGCGAAGUAUACAAACGACCACUCACUCCACCAGGUUAUUGGGACGUCGAAUUCCCUUCUUCACAAGAGCUAAAACGCUUGAAGCAGAAUGGAACCAAACCGAAUAUCAGGGAAGACAACUGAUAGACCUCACAAUUUGCGUUUGCUUUUUUCAUCCUCAGCUCAUUCAAAACCCCCCAGUACUCAUUCACUUCAGCUUCACUUGCUUUAAUAAUUGCAUAAUUUGUACAUCCACGCAUACCUCCCUCUCUGUAAUAUAAUAUAAAGAAAACACAAAUGCCUUCAUCAAUGCAACGUACUGGUCACGAAUUUUACCGAAAGACUCGUAACAAUUCCAUCGUGAAGCUCGUUCGAGAGCGUUAUAUUAGAGACGAUAUCCCUUGUCAAUCGGAGGCUUGCAAAAGUGCGCCGAGCUGCCAGGAGGCGACCCCAACC